AUGUACCCGAACGUCAGCCGCUACUUCUGCACGGAGAGGGACCGGCAGUUCCAGUACAUCGCCAUUGAGCUGUGUGCGGCCUCGCUCCCCCCCAAGCUCCCUUUAUUCAACCGUAGUCUUUUGUCAAUAUAUGUGGAGAGGAAGGAUUUUGACCGUCAUGGACUAGAGCCAGUUAUGCUUCUUCAGCAGACCAUGUCAGGACUGGCCCACCUGCAUUCUCUCAACAUUGUCCACAGAGACCUGAAACCUCACAACAUCCUGGUGUCCAUGCCCAACGCCCACGGUCGGGUCCGGGCCAUGAUCUCAGACUUCGGCCUGUGUAAGAAGCUGGCGGUGGGUCGUCACAGUUUCAGCAGACGGUCCGGCGUGCCGGGCACAGAAGGCUGGAUCGCUCCUGAAGUUCUCAGUGAGGACUGCAAAGACAACCCGGUGAGUGAGUGGUGGAGAAGCAGGGACAUUGUAGCCAAAGAUCUCAUAGAGCAGAUGUUGAGCAUGGAGCCACAGAGGAGACCUGCAGCUGAGAGCAUUCUCAAACACUCUUUCUUCUGGAGCCUGGAGAAGGAGCUGCAGUUCUUUCAGGAUGUGAGUGACAGAAUAGAAAAGGAGCCGCUGGACGGACCAAUCGUGAGACAGCUGGAGAGAGGAGGGAGGGCUGUUGUGAAGAGUGACUGGAGGGAGCAUAUCACAGUGCCACUGCAGACAGAUCUGCGGAAGUUCCGUUCCUAUAAAGGUGGAUCGGUCAGAGACCUGAUGCGUGCAAUGAGAAACAAGAAACACCAUUACAGAGAGUUGCCUGCAGAGGUACAAGAGACUCUGGGCUCCAUCCCUGAUGACUUCGUCUCUUACUUCACCUCCCGAUUCCCCCACCUGCUCAUGCACACCUACCUGGCCAUGCGGACAUGUGCAUCAGAGAGGCCGUUCCUGCCUUACUACUCCACUGCUGAGCAGAAUGCAAAAACACAAGCCGAAUACACACACCUCAGACCACAGAGACAAAAUGAGCCGUGCACUCAACACCUGCCAACACACACAUCAUCAAACGCCUCACAACCACAGGAACCUGCACAUUCUCUACAGCCGGUGCAGGUCGAUCACACGGUAACAAAUGGACCAUCGCCCUCUUCAUUACCAGAUGAGCCGGUAUCUUCAGAUUUAGCAGUUCAGACAGUGCAGCCAGCAGAGUUAACACUUUCCACACACGUGGACUCACACAGUCAAACGGUGAAUCUCACAUCUGCCUCAGAAUCAGCUACAGAUCCUCUCAGGCAGUCUGAGUUGCACACACUGCCAGAUCCUUCCUCACCGGACACACAACCAGUGUGAACUGGACCAGAGUCAGGUGGACCCAGCACAGACGGGAGCAUUGCCAGUAAGGGUGGACAUCAAAUGGGGCCAAGCUGCUGCACUUUAAGCUGGUGAGGACCGGGCCUGCAGUGCCUGGGAUCCACUGCCGGGUGGGAGCAGCUGCACCCUCUUUUAAGUGCCUUCUGCUCACCUGGGCGAUAAAUGUUCCCACGACACAACCGUCCACAAGUUCUGCUUCUGCCUCGGGGAAGUCUGAAAAACCAACAGGGUGUUGUUGGAUAUCAUAUUGUAGCAGGACGGAGAAAAGAGAAUUUUUUGUAUUUUAUAACAGCAUGUCCAAAAAAGUGUUUGUCCCUAAAAUAUUUGGCCUCUAAUGUGGGAAACAUGUCUGGAUGUUGUUGGGUAGUUUUAUUGUGCAAUGUUGUAUUUCUCAGUGAGCCUGUUCACUGUGCAGAUGCUGUAUGUAUAUUUUUGUACAGACUGAUUCACAAUUUGGAUCUGCGAUGUUAAAUCCAUUAAUACGGCCGAUGUGCCUUCUUUUUUUUUCUUUUUUAAACAUCACUGUGCUGCAUGGGUACAGAUCUUUAAGAAUGACUAUGCUAAAUGUGCUUGAUUCCAGUUAAUGCUGCUAGAUUGCUUCGCUUGUGUCAAUCAGGAUUAUUGUGCUGACUCGGUAAGAGCGGACGGUUCCAAAGGGCGUUCACUGUGACACCUGAAUACAGAAGUUUUCUUAUGAUCAUGUGAUUAUGUGGUCUGAUUACAAACUUGCAGGUCGGCUGCAGAACGUUUAUGUACAAAGACUUUUUUAAGAGCGUUUACAUGAAGUUAAUAACUUGCACAUUAAAAUCUUUUUUUUUUUAUUCCUA